AUGUCUCCGCCUCCAACGGUCCCGACGCUCCGGCAGUCCCCCAGCAGCCCACGCCCGGCGGCCAUGGCCGCGGCAGCGAGGGACGCGGCAGCCCGCGUCGGGGAAGGAUCCCACGCGCGAGGAAUGGGCCUGUGGACGUUGCUGGAGGGUUUUUUGCUUCUUGCAAAUGCGUUGGCUAUAUUGAAUGAAGACCGCUUUCUCGCUCCCAGGGGAUGGAGCAUGUCUGAAGUAUCAGGAAAUGGGCAAACGAAGUCGUUGAAGGGCCAGAUUGUGGGGCUUAUCUAUGCUACACAAUUUCUGAGGAUGCCCUUAAUAGCACUCAAUGUUCUGAUCAUUGUUGUGAAACUGGUGUCUGGCUGA